AUAUAAAGAAAGAAACAAACUAACUAACCAAACUCUUUAUAUUUUCAUUUUCAACUCUGUUUUUCUCUUUCUGUCAUUCCCCUGUUUUUUAUCCAUUCUCAUCAACGAAAUCUUCGCAAUUUUAAUUUCAAUUAUUAUUAUCAUCAUUAUUAUUAUUAUUCUCAGUUUUCAAAAGAAUCAAAUUAUUAUUCGUAAUAAUAAUCAAAUCAAAUUGUAAAUUAAUUAUCAUCAAUAAUUAAUUUAUUACAUUCCAAACUUCUCUCUCGUUUUCUGGGAAAAUCGAAUAACAACCGAAUUUCCCAGAAACGAGAGAGAGGUGCGACAGGUUUUAAUGAAACAUUGAAAAAUCCAUAUUUGUUUCUGUUUUUGAAUUGGGUUUUAUAAAUGUUGCUUCUUUUCUUAUAAUGGUAGUUAGGAUUGUAUAAGAGAGAGAGAGAGAGAUAAAGAAGAAAAUAAAGAUGGAAGAAGAGUUCGUUGAGAUUGAGGUUGAAGAUUCAUCUUUAUGUUUAGAUGAUGAAAUUGAUCAUACAUAUGAAUUUGAUGCUCCUAUGUUUUGUGAUUUUACAAAAGAAGAAACAUUUUUGGAUGCUUGUGAAGCAGAACAAUGGUUUGAAUUUGCACAAAGUUAUCCACCUUCACCAUUUUUGAUUAAGUUUAAAUGGGGAAGCAAUGGUCAAGUAGAAUCUGAACAAGUUUCAACAAUGGAAGACAAUAAUAAUAAAGAUGGCAAGAAAAAGACUCUCAGCAGGUCAAGUUCAUCAACAUCUAAAGCUUUCACUUUUAUGAAACCAACAGCAAGUCAUUUGGCAAAGCUUAAGAAGAACCCUCCAGAAGUUCAAAACCCUAAACCUCAAACUUCCAGAAGGAAUCAAGAAAAAAGUUCCUCAUCCAUAAGUUCUACAUCCACAGAUGGCCAAUUAAGCAAAAGACAGAAGCUUGAAGCCGGUUACUCGCGCAAGGUUGCUCAACUGAAGCAUCAAAAUCUUCUUACACAUAAGAAAACGAAGGAGGUUGAUCAUACCGAUGCCUCUAAACCAAAUGUUACUAUACCUAAAACACCUAAUCUGCAAACAGCACUCAGAGCACAGAAACACAAGUCUAGAACUAAUACUGAAUCAAGUGAACAUUCAAAGUCAAGUUUUAAGGUUCCUAAAGCUCGGCCCUUACCUAACAAAGGUGGAGUUACUUUGAACAGCAAUUCCGUCUCAAAUAGUGAAACAAGGACAAACACUAGUGUUGGCUCAAGGCAAGAAAAGAGUAAAAUGAUUAGCAAACUCCGAGGUAGCACUGAUAACAAGAAACUCUCAAGUAAAGGAGAAAGAGGUGUCUUCAAAAAUAUCAAAGUACAUCCAUUGGAACAAAAUGACAAGAGUUGUGAGGAUGAACCACCCACAGAAUUACUUAGCAAGCUCACCCUAACUUCUGAAGCCAAACAAACUGCAAAAUCACAAUCAAAGGAGCAGUCAAUUUCUAAGGGCUUGAAGGAAAAUAGACAAAGAUCGUUGCGCCACGAGCACGAGAUGAUGAACUUAGUCAAAGAAGAAAUUCAGAGAUUAUAUGGCAAACAAUAUCAAUGUGCUCAUGAAAUGGGGUCCCUUGUGACAAAGCACACCUCAAUGUUGGAACUUGGACAUUAACUGAAAAAUAGAGUCAUGGUUCUCAUCAUUUGCUUAUACUUGGCACAGAAAAUUCCACUAAUAGUAGCAAAAACAAAGGGAAACAAAUUAUAUUUUUGUGCCCAUUCCUUCCCUUUUUAAUUAUUUGUAUAAAGAAAGUUAACAAAUGCAAUGUCAGAUUGAUACAGUUUAAGGCAUAUGAAUGCUAUACUUGUAAAUUUUUAUUGGUUUUUCCUGCAAUUACUACAAUUUGUGAUACAAUA